AUGGAAGUGAAAAGCAGGGCCAAGGCAUUUACCAAAAACAAGAGCUUUAGUCACUUAACCAUUCUCAUCAGCAUUGGCCUUUUUUCUCUGUUUCUGAUUCUCAUCCUAUUUCAUGCACAGGCCUCUCCUUUUGGGUUUACUUCAUUGUCCACAUCUUCUGCUUCAUGGGAUUUCUUCAAGAAAUGGAGAGGAACAGAAAUGGAUGCCAAUCUUAGCUCGAAACUCCAAGACUUGGUCACGUUUCUUCCUCUCAAAGACAUAAGGUUUGCUAAGACUGCAGUGGAGGGGAACACUUGGUUUAUGAACUCUUUGAUUGACACAUAUGAAGAAAAUGAAUCCCAGUAUCUCUAUUUGCCCUCAGAAGCAUCCAAGGGAAGGCUGCUGUGCCUCAAAGGGAAUGACAAAAGAGAUGGCACCAAAAACUCAUAUGCCUUAGCAUGGCCUGAAGGUCUACCAAACUCAACCACACUCUUGAAGGGCCUCACUUUUGAUGCUCAAAGCCAUCAAGGUUGGUACUUUUUCCACUGGGGAGAGCUCAGAGACCAAAUGGGAUGGUGGAUUCAGAAUGUCAUGCAAGCAAGUUUUGGGCAGGUGCCAGUUGAAGUACUUGAAAAAGGAGAUGAUGGGCCUUACUGUUUUGAGAAGGCAGUUGUGAUGAGGCACAAUGUUGGGAAAAUAGGGAAGCUCAGGAAGCUUCAGGUCUCUGACUUGUUGAGAUGUAAAGCAAGAGAAUUUUGUGGCAUAAACCCUGCAGGUAGGAGGAAGGAGGUGAAUGUGAGAGGGCAGCCAAGUAUAAGGUUGACAUUGCUGAUGACGAGAGGUUCAAGAUCAUUCAAGGAUCCAACGGCUGGGAUUAAUGUAUUCUCAAGGCAGUGUGCAAUGGUGGACGGGUGCAUGUUAGAGGUGGUUCAGUCUGAAGAUCUGAAUUUCUGUGAUCAGCUAACAAACAUGCUCUUCAUGAAUGGAAACAGUAGCAUAAUGGAGUUUUUCUCCAGAGGAUGGUUGAAGCUUGCCAGGGUCGGCCAGAAUGUUUAUCAUUGGAUGGCAGACCAAUCCGGCAUGAAGCACAGAUGUGCAUGGUGGGACCCCCACACCGACAAGGAAUGCCCAGACCCUACAAAACAACUAGAAUGCUUUCUCCUUUACAAAGACAGCCAGCUUGGCCACACUGAAACCUACUUUGCAGAGUGGGCAAGAACAGUCCUCAAACAAGUAAGAACAAGCAAGCAAGAACAAACCAUCCAAAGUUCUCAGUGA